ACCGUCUAUUUAAAGUUGAUACACCGUCAGAUUUGUAAUAGGAGUGUGCAAUUAUCAGCGUGUACAGUUGAUGAUGAGAUGUAUCCAGAGUCUAGUCUUCAUCCUGCACCUGCUCUGUGUAGACGGAGGAAUAAAACCCGGAGACGCUUGGGGUAGUUGCGAAGAUGCACACACUAUCGCACGUGCAGGAGACAACGUGACGCUGUCCUGUAAUGUGUUUCGUUCUUACACAGGGGCGUUACAAUGUAAACUUCACAAACAACGUACCAAGAGAACCUGUAACAAAACGAAAGUUCGCAGCUGUGCUUUCUACAAUGUCACACACCGCGAGAGUGGACUUUACAGGUGUAAUGUUGGUCUUGGAGACCUCAAACCCUUCAGGGAACUUGGCUGUUGGCAAACACUGGUCGUCAUAGAGGAUGUACAAGACCCAUACAUAUUGGUCACAGCCGGGGAUGGAGAUAGUGUCAGCUUGACCUGUUGCUUCAUAUCAGUGAGUGAGCCUGCAGAUUACAACCUAUCGGUGGAUUUCACCUGGAAGAGGAACACUACCCAGCUGGUGUCAACAACACACGGUGUCAGCACAUGGCGAUGGAUCAGGUACCACAGCAGCACCAUCACUGUUAGUGGUGUCACAGGGGAUGAUGAAGGAGACAGAUAUACGUGUCACGUGGGAGUUAAGGGUUUACCGUCAACAGUGUGGAGUCAGGAAUAUAUGCUGCAAGCAGCUGCCGUCAAAUAG